GCUCUCCCACUCCACCCUUCUCGUCAUCGGCCGCCGCCUGUCAACAAUCGCCCAGCCGCCACCCUUCGCCAAUCGCCCGGCCUCCUCCCGUCGCCAAGCUGUCGGCCCGCCGCUACCCCUCAGCGCCUCGUCGCCCGCCGCCGCACUAAUCCGUCGCCCGUAGCUCGUCGGCCGGUGCUCUUCGCCGUCGGCUGUAGCUGGUGGUCGUCACCCACUCGCCCGUAGCAAGCCUCCAGGUAUAAACUAUAAUUCUGUCUUUGUGUUUGUAAUUUUUCCGUGUAGGAUUUGAUUUAGAAGUUGAGAUUUUGUGUUUGUAAUUUUUCCGUGUCAGAGCUUCAAAAAUUUGCUCUCCGAGUGUUGAGUUUGACUUGUAUUGCUUCUGGGUGCGAGCGUAAUUGGAGUGCAUUUGAGAGGGUAAGUAAUAAAUUGCCUCUAUUUUCUUUUCAUCAUAUCAUUCAUUCUUUUUACAUGUGAAUAUGUGGUGAUGUGAACUCUUUUACUUGUAGAUUCAUACUAAGAAAAAGAACAAUUUGCGUGCACAAAAGAUGAAUGAUCUUGUGUAUGUUAUGUGCAACAACAAAUUGGUGGGCGGGAAUGCCAAGAAAGCAAGAAGGCUUGAGAUUGACUUUGAGGAUAUAAAUUCUGAUAAUGAAUGGAUUUGUGCUAGUGAUAAUGAAGAAGGAGAACCACAAUCUACAGAUUUAGAGGUUGGUGGUGAGGAAGGUGGUCAUACUAUUGAAGGUGGUGAUGAUGCUAUUGGUGUUGAUGCUCGAAGAGAUGAGGGUGAUCAUGAAUAUAAUAGUCCACUUGAUGUUGAUGGCAAUGGUGGUGAUGAUGAUAAUGAUGAUGAUUUGGAUGCAAAUGUGGAAGCCGAUGAAUUGUUAUAGUUUUCCUUCUAUCCUUUGUAACAUUUGUGGGCUUUGAUUGUGAGGACUUGGAUUAUUAAACUCAUAUGUCAUUAUGUAAACUUAAACCAGCUUGUGAGAAUUUGGAUUCUUAACUCGUUUGUGGCUUACGAUUUAUGUUUAUGACCUUAUUAUUAAGAUGUUAUGAGUUUGUUCUAAUUUAGACAUGAAUUGCAUGUAUUUUUUCUUUUAUCUAAACUCUGUGAACUCAUAUUUUACAUUUAUGCCGUACUUAACAUUAUUUUAACUAUUAUACAGGAUGCAUCAAAAACUUACGCUUUUAUGCUUUGAUUCGCCGCUUUUCGAUUUUACCCCUUUUCCGCUUUUAGGUAGAAUCGCGCUUUUAACUGCAUUGCGAAGCACCAUCUCUUCCGGUAGAAAAUUCCUCAUCCUCUCCAAAUCCCAUUCCCCACUUGAUUGAGCGAAGCUUGCCAUGCAUUGGUCCUCUUCCAGCUCAUCAAUGUGAGGUAAAACAUGGUCAGCAAGACAUUCACCAGUUCCAAGCCAUCGGUCUGUCAAGAAGGAAGUAGACUUACCAUCCUUGAUGGCCAUUUCCAUACCUGCCGUCAUCACUGGCCAUGCGCGCUGCAUCCCCCCGCCAAAGGUUGGAUUGUCUCAUUGAUGCUUUAAACCUCAGGUUGCCUCCCUCAUUUUGAAAUAUUUUGAUUGCAAGACCUGAACCCAUAGCUCUUCCGGGUUCUUUAGAAAGCGCCAGUUCAACUUUGUGAGGUAAGCUAAAUUGAGCUCAUGAGCUUUCCGAAGUCCCAGUCCGCCAUCUUCUUUCUUCCUACAGACUCCCUCCCAAUGAACCAGAUGAAGUUUCCUCGCUUAUGGGGUGGAUCUCCAAAUUAAUCCUCUGAUUCGCUUGUCAACUUCAUCGCAUAUAGAGAUAGGUAAGAGCGUUGUCAGCAUAGCAUAAGUCGGAAGAGAGCAUAAGACUGAUGUGGCUAGGGUGACUCUUCCUGCAAGAGUUAAAUUCCUAGCUUUCCAACCCGAAAGCUUAGAAUUGAUUCUGUCCAGAAUGUAGUGAUAAGUGUCCUUCGUGACUCGUCCGUGCGACACUGGGACACCCAGAUAUCUUCCAAGGUCCUGAGUAGCUGCCAUUCCCAGUAUGCUUGUUGUGUUGGAACUGAUGGCUCGAUUGGUAUUCUUUGAGAAAAAUACCACCAAUUUUUCCCUGCUGACAAGUUGUCCAGAGGCUUGACAGAAAGUUUCGAGGCACUCCAUGACCACUACAGCUUGAUCAACGCUUGCUUGGGAAAAUAAAAUAAGGUUAUCUGCGGAAAAAACAUGAGAAAGUUGUGGUCCUCCAGGAUUAAGGCGGAUUGAUUUCCACUUCCCCUGAUCGAUGGACUCUUGAAUGAGGUGACUGAGCUUAUCCAAACAAAGAGUGAAAAGAUAUGGUGACAAAGGACAUCCCUGCCUUAGACCUCUAGAUGGUUUGAACUCUUCAGUAUUCUGACCAUUCCAGAGUACCUGCAUUGUUGGUGAGGUAAUACAGGCCAUAAUAGCGU